AUGACCAAAAGAAAAGGAACUAAAAAGCCCGUUGACCCUUCAAAGCUAACGCCACAGUAUAUCGAGGAACAGCGCCGAAUACGAAAUGAAAGAAAAGAGCGUGAAAGGAUUGACAGAGAGGCUAGAGGUUUAUUUGAUUCACCUGAACCAAUUGAAGAAUUUAUCAAAAGACCCGUCUUGCAGGUACAACCUUCAAAUGAUGACAAGUUGAGCAUCAAAAUAAUGUCUUAUAAUAUCCUAGCUCAAUGUUUGAUACGCCGUGAUCUUUACCCAACCAAUGGUAAAAUACUCAAGUGGUCAGUUAGAUCAAAGGUGUUGCUUGAAGAGUUGCUUUGGUAUGCGCCUGAUAUUUUAUGUCUACAAGAAUGUGACAAAAUACAAUAUCUUCAUUUCUGGCAGGCGGAAUUAAAGAACCUGGGAUAUGACUCCAAGUUUUAUCGAUAUAAUACCAAAAACCAUGGAUUGGUCAUUGCUUUUAAACAAGAUUGGUUCACUUGCAAACAUCAGUCAUAUAUCAAAUAUGAUCAAGAGUUCGAGUACGAGCCAUAUGAACCUAAACUACCAGAUCAAAGAAUUGUGACGAAUAAUGUUGGAUUUAUGUGUUUCUUGGAAUUCAAACCAUCACUAGUUGAACAAUAUCCAUACUUGGCGGAAAGAAAUGGUAUGAUAAUAGGUACAACUCAUGCAUUUUGGCACCCAUUUGGAACAUACGAGCGAACAAGGCAAAUAUAUAUACUUUUACACAAGUUUAAAGAGUUUAAGCGAGUUUUGACUCUGAUUUUAGGCAACAAGAAACCAAUUUAUUCAUUUUUUACGGGUGAUUUAAAUUGUGAGCCAUUUGAUGCUCCAUACCUUUCAAUGACGGCAAAACCAGUCAAAUACGACGGUCGAGCAAAGAAUGUUUUGGGGUGUUCAUUGAGUUACACAUUUUCGAAAGAGAGGACCUUAGAUGAGGACGAGCACGAGUCUAGUUCCAGUGAGGAGGAGGAGGAGGAGGAGGAGGAGUCAGGAGAAGGGUCUCAAGAAACAGAAGAGACCGACCCUGAUGCUGCAAGGCUAAAUAACCCGCUGGAUCCAGAACCCGAGGUAUUUACCCCUUCAGAGGAGCAAGAAAAGAUGAUACAACAGCUUGAAGAUGCACAUAAUGGUCUUGAUAUCCGUGCAGUAUCAAUGUACUCAGCUGGAUAUGCAAUUGUGCAUCCGGAGAAUGCAACAGAAUUUCGCAACGAGCCAAGCUUUUCCAACUGGGUUGAAAAAUGGAAUGGAAUGCUUGACUAUAUUCUACUUUUGGUUCCUUGGUUCAAAGAUAAAGACUACUCAAAUAAGUUGGAUUCACUCCAAUCCCUCGAAGAAUAUAACAUUAAAUUAACAAAGUUACUAAAACUACCCACUGCAAAUGACAUGGGCCCUAAACCAAAUGGACAACCCCGAUUGAACCAAUACCCUUCCGAUCAUUUAUGUAUCAUGGCCGAAAUACAACUUUUGUAA